GCGUGCAGGCCAACUCACCUGCAUCUCUCCUCUCCGGAGCUGUAGCCUUAGACCUCAGCCUCCGGUCCCCUACUUUUCAGCUGCCGCGCAGACAAUCGCGGUCCCCAUUCAGUGUUUACACACGUUCUAUAACUGUUACUGUAACUGAAGAGAAAUGAUGGAAGAGAGUGGAAUAGAGACGACACCACCCGGGACGCCUCCCCUGAACCCUGCGAGCCUGCCUGCAGCUGCGGUGUCUGCCACCCCAGCUCCUCUAGCUGCAACCAGUUCUUUUUCUUCUCCAAACGUAUCCUCCGUGCAGACCUUGCCACCAUGUGCAUUCUCUACACCUCAGCCAGCUCUUCCCCCUGAGGUGUCUUCAGCAUCGUUGCCUUUUGUGGCUCCUUCACCAGUUCCUUCAGUCCACCCUCUUGUUUCAUCGGUAGCACCCCCUGUGUCUCAAACUGCUGAGGCCUUCAGUCAGCCUCCUCCAGCCCACUUCCCACCUUCCACUUCUGCCCCAAGUGGCCUUUUACCUGCGCCCCCUGCUGGCCCUCCCACAUCAGGAUUUUCUGUUGGUUCAACUUACGACAUUACAAGGGGUCAUGCAGGAAGAGCUCCCCAGACACCCCUCAUGCCGUCAUUUUCUGCACCUCCAGUAACAGGUGUUGUGCCAACUCCCAUUACCCAGCAAGCCAGUUUGACAUCUCUGGCACAGGGACCUGGAACCACAUCAGCCAUCACCUUUCCAGAGGAACAAGAAGAUCCUAGAAUUGUUAAAGUUCAGGAUGAAGCAUCUGCUGGUGGACUGUGGGGUUUUAUUAAGGGUGUAGCUGGGAAUCCUAUGGUGAAAUCUGUGCUUGAUAAAACAAAACAUUCGGUAGAAAGCAUGAUUACAACGCUGGACCCUGGCAUGGCUCCUUAUAUCAAAUCUGCAGGUGAACUGGAUAUCGUAGUGACUUCAAAUAAAGAUGUAAAAGUUGCUGCUGUGCGAGAUGCCUUCCAGGAGGUCUUUGGCUUAGCUGUGGUGGUGGGGGAAGCCGGACAAUCCAAUAUUGCCCCACAACCAGUGGGCUACGCAGCUGGGUUAAAAGGUGCACAGGAACGGAUAGAUAGUCUGCGUCGAUCGGGAGUGAUCCAUGAAAAGCAGACUGCUGUGUCAAUAGAAAACUUCAUUGCAGAGUUGCUGCCUGACAAAUGGUUUGAUAUUGGUUGUCUGAUAAUUGAAGAUCCUGUGCAUGGUAUUCAUCUAGAAGCAUUUACACAAGCUACACCAGUGCCUCUGGAAUUUGUACAGCAGGCUCAGAGUCUGACUCCGCAGGACUACAAUCUGAGGUGGUCGGGCCUUUUGGUGACCGUGGGCGAAGUCUUGGAAAAGAGUUUGGUCAAUGUCAGCCGGACUGACUGGCACAUGACUUUCACCGGCAUGUCUCGCCGGCAGAUGAUCUACAGUGCAGCGAAAGCCCUCGCCGGCAUGUACCGGCAGCGCCUGCCGCCCCGGCCCCUGUGAGCAGCCACUCGGCCGAGACCCCCGCGCUGGGCGACAGACAGAACCUUCUACGUCGGGUCACUUCAGUGAGCCCAGCAGUUUUUCUUACUUGCCAAGACCCGGUGUUAGCAUCACAAUUUCAUGUACCAUAGGUUCUCAAAGAAGAAAAUAUUUUUAUAAUACAAACUGAUUUACCAAAUUUAUAACAUACAAAUUCAUGUGCUAGACAUUUAACUUAAUGAUAUGUACUUGAUCUUUUUUUUUUUUAAUUCAUCUCUUUCCUGUCAGCUUUUGAAGGUUUGUGGGGUGCACAUAAUCUCAGGUCUAAAGCUGAACUGUGCGCUCAACAAUUCACCCAAAGCACCUACAUUUGGUGCAUUUGUUAAACAUGGGCCAAAACAAUGGAAUUCAUAUGUUCUUUAGGUCACCAGGUACACGUCACUUGAAAGAUACUUUAUAAAAAUUGGGUAGUACAUUAUUUUUUCAUUGUUAUUUCACAGCUAAGUGGCCAUAUGCUUCCAACAUAUAUUAAAUUGGAAGCAUGUUUUUAUUUUUAUGUACUGUUGAGUACUUGCUAAGUAAAACUCUGACAACAUCCACUACUUAGAUUCUCCCAACUGUAACACAAUGUUUUCAAAGGAAAUUAUUUCAUUUCUUAAAUGAUAGAUUACAUCUUAUUUCAUUGCAAACACUGCAUUGCUAACCUCGUGCCAUUCUGCCUUUACGUUUUGUGAAUGUUUUUAAAGAAAAUUUUAUAUUUGAUCUGGUUUAUGUAAUCCAUUAUGUUUUUAUUUAGUGAAGGCUUUUGUUUCCCCUAGGUAAUAUGUUUUACCAUUUUGGAUUUAUAGAAAUCAAAAUUCAAUAACAUAAGAAAACCUA